AAAUUGGAAAAUCAGGAAGUGACGGAUCACUCAGGGUGUGGACUCCCCAUUUUCUCUUCAAAAAGAAAAACAAACACUGUUGAAAAUUUAGGGUUUUCGAUUUCAAUCUCAAUGGAUCAAGAACUAGACCCAUAUAUCUGCGGUUGCAUUAUUGAAUUCCUUGUCAGGUACUCACCCGACGAUAUGCAUGUAAAGAAAGUUAUUGAAGCUUUCCCGCCAUUGAAGCCCAGGCCUCAGUUGAAAAAAGCCGUGCUCCUCCGUACCAUGCGAACCGAAGUCUACGCCGGUGACGUUUCCGAGAAAAUACUCGACGCUUUGGAGAAGAUUGGGCGCAUUGACAGCAACCAAGGGCUCCCGAUUCCCGAUUCCAUGAAGGAAGCCUACUGCGCCGUCGCAUUGGAAUGCACCGUCAAGUACUUGCCCGGAGAUACUGACACGUGCGGCGGCAAGUACUUGGAUGCGGUGGAUAGGAUUUGGAGGGGCCGGAUUCAAGAUCUGGAAAGAUCCGAGGCGUCCGAUUUGGUUUUUGAUCAACUUAGAAACCGUCGAUUACAAGUGGAGGCUGCUGCCACCGGGGACGAGGAUGCGGUCCGCUGUUUAAGUGCAAUCAAUACUCGAGGUUAUGCCAUAGUUUGCCUCAGGCGUUAUCUACGCGAAGCGAGUGGGUCAAUGAAGCCGCCGGUCCUUGAACAAGCAUGCUUGAAGCUUGGAAGGGUAUAGUUGGCAUUCCAUAAGAUUCGUAUAUGUUGUUCGUGGGAGCAUUUGGGCACUUUAAUGCGAUUCUUGGCAUUCCAUAAGAUUCGUAUAUGUUGUUGGUGGGAGCAUUUGGGCACUUUAAUGCGAUUCAUUCUGACACUUCGGUGUGAUCCAUUCUGGCAUCUUGGUGGGAUUCAUUCUAUGGAGUGUUAGGGGGAUCGGUGCAUUUAUGCUUGAGCAACACUUCGGUGCUUAUUGAGUGUUAGAGGAUUAAUCCAUGUACUUGUACUUAUGUUUACAUCUUGUUAAUAGGGGCUAAAAGUAAAUAAUGACAUGUAAUUCUGAUUUUGAUAAUGCAAUGUUAUUUUGAUUCUGGUAA